UCCUUCUCAACCUCCGACUCUCCCUGUUCUUCCCCAGACGGCCUUCUCCCUCUUCCCUUCGCUCCCCUUUUCUAUACUUUUUUUUGUUUUUUUAAUCCUCGCUCCUCCGGCUGGUCUCUGGUUCCCGCUUUGUUUCCCUUUCUCUCAUUGGAUUCACCGGGAAGCGGACUGUCACGAUGAGCGGACUACGCUUCCUCGAUCUAAUUAAACCCUUCACGCCCCUCCUCCCGGAGGUGGCUUCACCGGAAACGAAGGUUCCCUUCAACCAGAAGUUGAUGUGGACGGGAUUGACUUUGUUGAUCUUCUUGGUGAUGAGCCAGAUGCCUCUGUACGGUAUCGUGUCUUCUGACACCUCGGAUCCGCUGUACUGGCUCCGUAUGAUGCUGGCCAGUAAUCGAGGAACGCUGAUGGAGCUGGGUAUCACUCCCAUCAUCUCCUCCGGCAUGGUCUUCCAGCUCCUUGCUGGAACCCACCUCAUCGAUGUCAACCUUGACCUGAAGACCGACCGCGAGCUGUACCAGACCGCUCAGAAGCUGUUUGCCAUCAUCCUCUCCUUUGGCCAGGCUUGUGUCUACGUCCUUACGGGUCUCUAUGGUCAGCCCAGCGACCUCGGUGCUGGUGUCUGCGUGCUCCUGAUCGUGCAGCUGGUUGUUGCUGGUCUUGUUGUCAUCCUGCUCGAUGAGCUGCUUCAGAAGGGCUACGGUCUUGGAAGCGGUAUCUCCCUUUUCAUUGCGACCAACAUCUGCGAAUCGAUCAUCUGGAAGGCCUUCUCUCCUACCACUAUCAACACUGGCCGUGGCCCCGAGUUCGAGGGAGCUGUGAUUGCCCUCAUCCACCUGCUGUUGACCUGGCCCGACAAGCAGCGCGCUCUGCAGGAGGCUUUCUACCGCCAGAACCUCCCCAACAUCAUGAACCUCCUGGCUACCCUGCUAGUCUUCGCCACCGUCAUCUACCUGCAGGGUUUCCGUGUUGAGAUCCCCGUCAAGUCUUCGCGCCAGCGUGGCAUGCGCGGAUCUUACCCCGUCCGUCUCUUCUACACUUCGAACAUGCCUAUCAUGCUUCAGUCCGCUCUGUGCUCCAAUAUCUUCCUUGUCAGUCAGAUGCUGUACUCUCGCUUCUCGGACAACCUCCUUGUCAGACUUCUCGGUGUCUGGGAACCUCGUGAGGGCUCCGCCCAGCUGUAUGCCGCGUCUGGUAUUGCAUACUACAUGUCUCCUCCUCUGAACUUCAAGGAGGCUCUCGUCGACCCGAUCCACACCGCCGUAUACAUCGUAUUCAUGCUGGUUGCCUGUGCUCUGUUCUCCAAGACCUGGAUCGAGGUGUCCGGAGCUGCCCCUCGGGAUGUUGCCAAGCAGCUUAAGGACCAGGGACUUGUGAUGGCUGGUCACCGUGAGCAGAGCAUGUACAAGGAGCUCAAGAGGGUUAUCCCUACUGCUGCUGCUUUCGGUGGUGCUUGCAUUGGUGCUCUGUCUGUUGCCUCUGACCUCCUCGGUGCUUUGGGUAGUGGAACUGGAAUUCUUCUGGCAGUGACGAUUAUCUACGGAUACUUCGAGAUUGCUGCCCGAGAAGGCGACUUCGGCUCAGGCCUCAAGGGCCUUGUCCCUGGAAACUGAGCUCAACAGGGAAAUCUUUUAUGAAGAGCAUGAGGGAAGGCUGGGGAUACUUUUUUUUCCGUAAUUCUGUCUCUUUAGACUUAGCAGGUUGGUGUACUGCAACUGCAAUUGUGGCUACGACAAUAUCUGAAAUCUUGAGCGUGUAACCCUGAACAACACGACGGCUGAUUUGGGGGAAGGGGAUUCGGCAUCGAGUCCGAUGUUAUGAGCUACAUCUGAGACUCGAUCUAGAAUGGGCCCUCUGUCAGGUCGAGCCACAGCUGUAUAUAGCACCAUCUGGUUGUAACAUUAACGGGAGGAGGAAAAAGAUCAAUUUGAGAAAAUUGUUAGGUGCCAUGAAUUAUACAUAUAACUGUCAUGCGUAGCAAAAAAAAGAAAC